CUCUCUCUCUCUCUCUCUCAGUGUGUUGGGUUGGGGUCAUUUUCCUGUUAUACAUCCUUUUUAUGGGUGUGUAUGGGUGUUUGGAGUUGGUGGAAAGAAAGGUGAAUUUGGGUUUCUGCAGCAGCUGGUUUUGCUAGUAAUGGUGGGAUACUUCUAGUGUUUCCUUUUCCUGUUCCUUUUGGGGUCUCCCUCACUCUCGGUGUUGUAUAUCUUCCCUCUUGGCACUGAAUGAGAUAAACACAAAGGAUUAUGGGAGCUUUUCAGAGAAGCAAGACACAUCUCAUUCCUCCUCCUCCUCCUCCUCAUCUUCUUCUUCUCCUUCUCCUGGUGGGCAUCUAUCUCUCCAUCUUUCUCCAGAGAUCUUCUGCUCUAAACUACACUGACCACAGACAAGUCAGCAGCCUGAGGCUAAAGAGGAUCCAGAGGCACCUGGACAAGAUAAACAAGCCACCUGUUAUGACCAUUGAGAGCCCAGAUGGAGAUAUCAUAGACUGUAUCCACAAAAGAAGACAACCAGCUCUGGAUCACCCCCUUCUAAAGAACCACAAGAUCCAGAAAGCGCCACCGGAAAUGCCCCGGAGGCGAUCCGUCGUGGCCAGACCAGAUGAUGCUUCGGCCUCAAGCAACAGCAGCGGCGGAGCGGAGGCGGCAGCCAAGGGCGCGUGGCAGGCGUGGCACCGGAACGGCACGCGAUGCCCGAGGGGCACGGUCCCGGCACGGCGGAGCACGGUGCACGAUGUGCUGAGGGCUAAGUCCUUGUUCGCCUUCGGCAAGAAGCAGCCCCCGCUGCCAGCCCUUGCUCGGCGGCAGCCCGACGCGCCGGACAUAGUCAGCGGGAACGGCCACGAGCAUGCGAUCGCGUACACGGGAUCGUCGCCGGAGGUGUACGGGGCGCGGGCGACUAUAAACGUGUGGGACCCGUCGAUCGAGGAGGUCAACGAGUUCAGCCUCUCCCAGAUCUGGAUCCUCUCGGGAUCAUUCGACGGCACCGAUCUCAACAGCAUCGAAGCCGGAUGGCAGGUCAGUCCGGAGCUCUACGGGGAUAGCCGGCCCAGAUUAUUCACAUACUGGACGAGCGACUCGUAUCAAGCAACGGGGUGCUACAAUCUGCUGUGCGCGGGGUUCGUGCAGACAAACAGUAGGAUCGCGAUCGGGGCAGCGAUUUCGCCGGUCUCGUCGUUUUCCGGCAGCCAAUAUGACAUCACCAUCCUCAUUUGGAAGGAUCCGAAGUUGGGGAACUGGUGGAUGGGCUUCGGGGACAACACGCUGGUGGGGUACUGGCCGGCGGAGCUGUUCACGCACCUGGCCGACCACGCGACGAUGGUGGAGUGGGGCGGCGAGGUGGUGAACUCACGGCCCGACGGCGGGCACACCACCACCCAGAUGGGGUCGGGCCGGUUCGCCGGGGACGGGUUCGGCAAAGCCGGGUACUUCCGCAACCUCGAGGUCGUCGACGCAGACAACAGCCUGAGCUCGGCCCAGGGCAUCUCCACCCUGGCCGAGAACACCAACUGCUACAACAUCAAGAGCUCCUACAGCAACGAGUGGGGCACUUAUUUCUACUUCGGUGGGCCCGGGAAAAACCCCCAAUGCCCAUGACCCGACCCAUAUAAAUAUUUUGUUGAUCAUCGUGAUUCCAUCGGGCUUAGAUCAAAAAUUUAUCAUGGGUCGUAUCAAUUAGUAGUGAAGGCGGAAUCAUUAGUCUCCCCCAGCUUCCGCGUCUAACAUAAUUCUUUGAUUAUGUAAUUAAUUAAGCAAUUCGUACUAUUUUCCGCUAAAUUUCC